UUUUUUUUUUUAUUAUUAUUAUUAUUUCUAAUAUCAUUUAAUAUUAAUUGCAUAUUAGCAAGCAUGCUACAACAUCAAUGCAUUGACCAUCAGCAACCUCUUUUGCCCAGAAGAGUGUUGACGGACCAACAACAUCUCACAGACUGUUCUUUAGAGGUACACAAGAUAACAUCAGAGGUACAUGGCGAUGGCAUUGUUGAUGCUGUUGAUGUUGAUGCUGAUGGUAGCACUGAUGGUGAUGGCGAUGGUGAUGGGCAUACCAAUCAUAAAAGCACCAUCAACAUGAGCACGAAUAUCAACAGCAAUAUCAGCACAAGCAUCACGCCAAUUCCUCUCAGUAGUACAAAUGAGGUCGCGUGCAGCAAAUCUCGUUCCUUGGAUCUUCUUUUCACCAAAAACAACAUCAACAUCAAUAGUAAUAAUAACACUAGUCAUAAUAGUAAUAUUAAUGUUAAUAACAACAAUAACAACAACAACAACGAGAGCAUCAAUCACCACAGCAAUGAUUCCAAUCAUUCUCGUAUAAAUCCUGAGCAGAAUCAAGAUCUCUCUCAGACAAAGUCACCCCACGGCCCUCUUCCCCAGUUAUUGAAUCCAACUCAGCACUCGACGGAGAAUCCUCAGGAUCAAUGCCAGCAGUUACUUCAAUCUCAGCUAUCGAUCAUGACUGAGCAACAACAGCAACACGAGCCAAUGCAACAUCUACAUCACCCUAAUCAACAUAAUUCACAAGAGCCUUUUUAUAAUAAUCUCCAAAACAACUGCCACUGCCACCGUCAGAUCACGCCUUCGAAUCCUGCGGCUCUUCCCUUUUGGGCCACAGCUCAGGCCUUUUUACUACCACCAUUCCUCCUUACCUCAUCUUCUUCUCCAACCUCUUCCACCUCCACCUCCACCUCCACUACUUCUUCCUCCCCUAUUUCUUCAUUCUCUCCCGCUUCUUCUCUUUCUUCUCCCUCUCCUUGUUUUCGACCAUCCAACAUCACCCUCGUUUCUUCCUCUUCUCAGUCUCAACCUCAGUCUCAACUUCAGUCUCAGUCUCAUUCCAUCCCCAUCAUCCAUACUUGUCCUACCCUCUCCACUCCCCCUCCUCGGACCUCUUAUACCCGCAAGUGUGAAACCAUCAAUUCGUCCGACCUUCCCUCAGCCCUCUCCCAAAAUUCCUCUUCAUCCUCAAACAACCCUCUGUGCCCAUCUCCUGCGCCCAGGCUCUCACUUUUAUCACAAGGCCCUCCUCGGAAUAACCCUAUCGGCAAUCCCAAGGGCUCGGUGUCGACUCUUACUCCUCUACCUGCUCCCACUCCAUCUCCAUUUCUUCUCACUCCACGCUUUUCUAUCUCUCCUCAUCCUUCGAGAAGUCCUUCGCCCUCUACUGCCAGCUUAACCACUAGCACCACAUUUUGCUCGGUCUAUUCUCAACGGUUCUUGCCCCCUCCUAUAACUAGACGUGUCAGCAGUAGUGAUAGUCUUCGGAGUGCACUUAAUCUCUUUGCUACACAAGAACUUCAACUGCAACGACAACAACAACAACAACAACAGAAGCUACAAAGGCAACAAUCCUUCUCCUCUUUCUUUGAGGCAACUGAUUUGGACAUGGUCCGACAACGCUCUCAAUCCACAUCCUCUUUGAACGUGCUGGCAAAAUCACCCACUUGUCUCACAUCCUCACUUUCCACCUCCGUUGCUCUCUAUGAUCAGCAACAACCACCUAGAACCCUCCAGGAUAUUCUUCUCUUGGCCCAAUCACAUUACAUCUCUCAUCGUUAUGUGCCCGCGCUCACUUUGUAUAAACUAGCUGCAGAAAAGCACCAUUCCUUACCGGCUUGUGGCUCUCUCUAUGCGCUCUAUACCUCGACCUCGAACGUACCCGGCCUAGUCAAGAGUGACGUCAAGGCUGUUCAGAUCUUACUUCAUGCACUUCGAAUCUGGUCUGCUAGACGAUGGUCUUUAGCAUCGUCAUUAUCCUCAUCAUCGUCAUUAGCGUCUUUGACUGUCAAUCAGUCUAGUCGGUCAAGACGAUCUAAAAUCCAAGAUGAUCAUGAUGAACUAGAAGAAUACUUUGCUCAACCUCGACGACCAACCAGAACAGAGCAAAAGCAUGCAAUGACGACUUGUAAAAAAAAACAAGGCUCUAUACCAAUCCGCACUAGUCCAUCUUCUAAAGGAUCAAUCGAGAUUGCAACCUCUGCUGAGAGUGAAUACAGAAACCCAAUGUCGCACCUGGAUAAUCAAAACAGUUUCAAAUUAGCCAUUACAACAUCACCAACAGAAGAAGAUAGCGACAACAACGAAGAUGAGGAUUGUGAAGACUGUGAAGACUGUGAGGAGUGCAAUGGUAACAAUCAUGAAGAAGAUAAUGAGGAAGAGGAGGAAGAAUACGAUGAGCUUGAGAAGGAAGAAGAAGCAAGGAGAAUCGGUCUAGCAACCCCAGAGAUUGAGGAUCUGAUCCAAAAGUUAUGUUUGAUGAUCCAGAAAAGAGCCUUGGGUCUUGACGAGCCUGUUUUGGUCGAAGCUGUGAGCACUUUACGUAAUAUCGAGCGUAGAUUGAACAAAGAGGCAGAAGCAUGGAAACAGGAAUUGGCUGCAUCAAAGUCCUUGUUCUCCUCUUCUCUUUCGGGAAAUGGCGGUCACAACAAUGGAAAUACAGGAGCCUUCAACUCUUCUUUCACACCAACUGAUUUGCUGCUUACUCAAGGCAUUGACCUCUCCUUCUUGAACGUUAAUGAUGAUGAGAACGAUGUUCUUGCUGAUGGCAAUGAUGCAGCUGUGACUGUACCACUCGUUCGCGCUCAAUCAGUUGGAUAUCGUCAACAGAAGCAAAAGCUCUCUCCACCUGCAAGAGCUUCUACUCACCCCAUGGCUCGAAAUAACAUCAAGGCUGCUGCUGUUGAUGGCGCUAUUAGGAAGAAUAACAAUAAUAGCAACAUUGUCAAUCCUGCAAUCCAGGAUUUAUCUGUAGAAGAGCGAGAAAAAGACCAAGUUUUGUGCCGGGCUCUUCGGAUACGAAUCAUGUUUACACUCGGAUGGGUUCAUCAACAAAAGGGUGAGUACCACUACGGUGCUCAAGCAUAUGGUGUCUGCAGUGAAAUUCCUACUCCUACCUCCGCAAACAAGAGAUUAUUGAGUGUUCUCCAACAGCAAGCAUUGGUCCACAAAAAAACCUGUUUUGAUCUUCAAAAAAAGAUGCAGCAGGAGCAUCAGGAGCAGCAGGAGCAACUUCGACGACAACAGGAACAGCUAGAACAAGAAAGAAAAGCCAAGGUUGCACAGCCAACCGAGAUCCAAGGAUCCAAAAAACACCAUCAUCCUCAGCCAUUAUCGCCAAAUGAACCGGCUUUGUACGCUUCUUCCACCUAUACCAAUUCUUCUACAGAGUCAACCUCAACUGCCACCACGUCUUACCCAGGGAUCUCUAGCCCAUCAUCCCUUUCCUCAAGCACUUCUGACUCGGGCACGCUCUCGAUGCGAGCCUCAGGCGCCAUUUCUAGUAUUUCAGCUGCUGUAUGGAAAUCUGGGUUUUUCAAGUUGGGAGAAGAAAAGAAGAAAUCAUCUAUUCCGGCCACGGCCCUUGCUGAGGCCCCUUCUACUCCUCUAGAUCCAAAGUUGCAUCGUAGCAAGAGUCUGACCUUGGGUCGUCAUAAAACAAGGGCAACAGAGCCAACAGAGGCGCAGCCAAAGGAGGUGAAGGAUGCUUAUCACCAUCAUUCCAAGUCACAACAACGACCCAAGAGUUAUCAUUCUCAUCAACAACAUCAACAUCAACAUCGUCACCAUCGCCAUCGUCAUUGUUCUACUACUACUCCUUCUUCUAAAUCUUCUUCAGCACCGACAGCGGUGACUCUGACCAUGUCGGGACAUCAAAAGAAGGCUGUUGAAUGUGGACAUUGUGGUCAGACCCGAAUCUUGAUGCCAUUGUGUGUUUGUAAGAAAGUACGGUAUUGUAAUGGAGAGUGUCGAGUGGCGGAUCUGGAGAGACAUCGAGAGACGGGUUGUCAUGCAGCCAAGAUGAGAAGUGGGGGGUCUAGUAUCGGUAGUAUGAAUGACAUCAAUAGCAUCAAUGGGACCGAUGGUGUCAAUGGUGUCUGUGUUGGUCUGGCUGCCACCUCUGGAGUGACACUAUAAAAAUAAAAAAAAUUAAAAAAA